GAAAAAAGUUAAUAACGGGGCUAGAUGUGCUUUCCUGAAUCAUGUGGGCCAAGAUCCAUGUUCUCCACACAAUAAUUGUUGGAAAAGUUGUCAAGACUUAUUGAAUCAAUCUCUCCAUAUUGACAAAGUCAUUGAAGCACAAACUCUAGAGAUGAAGGAAGGUAACCGCUUACGGGUUAUGACCUCUAUUGAUGUUGUUCGGUGGUUGGCUUCACAAGGAUGUGCUCUACGAGGUCAUGAUGAAUCCUCUAGUUCUAGAAAUCGAGGGAUACGAUGGUGCUAGCAAUAUGCGGGGAGAGUGGAAUGGGUUGAAAGCAUUAUUUUUAAAUGAUUGUCCUUAUGCAUACUAUGUUCAUUGCUUAGCACAUCGGUUGCAAUUAGCAUUGGUUGCUGCUUCUAGAGAGGUGAAAUAUGUGCAUAAUUUUUUCACCGAUUUAGUCUUUAUUAUUAAUGUGACUAGUUCUUCUUGCAAACGAAAUGAUGAAUUAAAGGAAGCUCAAGCACUUGAAAUUGCAAGAAUGUUGGAAAUUGGUGAGCUUGAAACACGCAGAGGACUUAAUCAGGUUGAUACGUUACAACGAGCUGGGGAAACUCGAUGGAGCUCGCAUUUCAGUUCUGUUUGCAGUUUGAUUAGGAUGUUUGCUGCAACUUGUUCUGUUUUAGAAGAUGUUGAAGAGAAUGGCAAUAACUAUUCUACUCGUGGAGAUGCAGCUGGAGCACUUAAGAAGAUUAAAUCUUUUGAUUUUGUUUUCUUGUUGCAUCUUAUUAAAGAAAUUAUGAGUAUUACAGAUCUUCUAUGUCAGCAUCUACAAAAGAAGUCCCAAGACAUAAUAAAUGCUAUGCAUUUGGUGUCAAGCACCAAAAUGUUGAUCCAAAAGUUAAGGGAAGGUGGAUGGGAUAACUUCUUAGAAAUUGUUAAAGUGUUUUGCCAAAAGCAUGAGAUUGAAGUUCCUAAUAUGAAGUCUCCUUAUGUGGUAAAACGCAAACGCCAUGAUCAAGAAGGGUUUGAUAUUGAACGUCACUAUCGGGUUGAUAUGUUUUACGCAGCCAUAGAUUCAUAAUUGUUAGAGCUGAAUAGCAGAUUCAAUGAACAGAUAAUGGAUCUUCUUACUCUUAGCUGUGCUUUGGAUCCUAAGGACUCAUAUAAGUCCUUUAACGUUGAUGAUAUCUGUUCUUUAGUGGAUAAAUACUACCCCUUUGAUUUUAUUGAGCAGGAGAAGGUGGGCUUGAGGUUUCAAUUGCAACAUUAUAAGCUCAAUGUUCUAAACCAUCCAAAGUUGGC